AUGAAUGUACACGACGAGUGGUUCGCGAACUCUGGCGCCCGGUCCGAUCACUUCCAUGCCCACACCAGCCCGCGCCACGCCCGAACGUCGCCGUCGUCGUCCUUCUACGCCGAGCCGACAUUGCUUUGGAACCGUCUCAUCGAACCCAGUAUCCUUGUGCCCUGUCUCGUUCUUCUCGCAUCCAUCCUUUUCAGUGCUAGCAUCCUCGACGUCGUCGUCGCGACCUUAUCCGCAUUCAUACCCGCCGGUCUCCGCCACCACCUCUGGGACGCCGUCGUCACUGUGGCACCCGCAUCAGCGAUCUUUGCUAUCGACGACUGGCUCAGCCCGUUCCCCGUCCCGCGCCAACCUUUUGACCGCCUUGGCCCUGCCGCGGCCCACGACGCAAAGAGUGCAGCGCUCGCCCGCGUCCUUGGACUUGGCCCUGGCGGCCGGCGGUUCAGCCCCCAAAACAGUGCGAGCGGCAGCAGCAGUGGCGGUGGCGUUGGCGGUGCCGGCGGCUUGCUUGCAUCUGUGACGCACGCCGGCAAGACGGGCUUCUCGCGCCUCAUGCCCAAACGCAAUAUGGACCAGCCCGCGGGGCUAGGAAACAUUAGCAACUCCUGCUACCAGAACAGUGUCCUGCAAGCGCUCUCCGCCCUCGAGCCGCUGCGCCAGUUUCUCAGCCGGGUCGCCGACGAAGAGGCUGCCGGCCACCUGUCCUCUGUGCCGGCGGCCCACACACUCGACGCAUUGGUACGGACACUGUCCACGGAGGCGGGCAACGGCGAGACAUUCUGGACGCCACCCGCACUCAAGCGGAUGAACACAUUCCAACAGCAAGACGCACAGGAAUACUUUUGCAAGCUGCUCAGCGAGGUCGAGGAGGAAGUCCAGAAGGCGCUCAAGGCUGUGCGGGCCAAACGGGGCCUCGAGUCCAAUCUGAACCUUAACGUGGGUCUAGAAGCGCCGUCCGUCCUGGGCCUCCCACCAAAAGAGCAAGCCAAUGAAGAGACCAACGAAGCAACAACGUGCCGCACAUCCCCCACGCCAGCGGACAGUACUAACAGCAGCAGCAGCAGCAGCAGCAGCUUGUUCAGCGACGACAGUGGCUACAACAGCGCCUCAACUGCAUGGUCCCCCUCCACUGCCUCUCAAGCAGCAGCCAUCGCUGCCGCGUUCCGCAUUCCACUCGAGGGACUGCUCGCACAGCGGAUUGUCUGCCAGUCGUGCGGCUAUUCGUCCGGCUUGUCCAUGAGCCCCUUUUACUCGAUCACGGUCAACCCGGACGUUGGCAGCGCCGAGUAUUAUCUCGAAGAAACAUUGGAUAACUUCACGGCUGUCGAGAACAUCGAGGGCGUGCAGUGCGCCAGCUGCACCCUGCUCAAAUUCCAGCGACUGAUCAAGACGCUGAUUGAACGCUUCGAGAAGAGCGAAGCCCAAGAGGCGGCGGAGAAAGUGGAGGGUUCAGGGCUGGAAGAAGGGACGACAGUGCCGCGUAAGAGCAACCCGAUCCCAUACGAACGACUGGCGGCUGUCGAAGCGGCUCUAGAAGACGAGGACUUUGAAGAGAAGACGCUCGCGGACAAGUGUAAGAUUCCGGACAAGCAGCGUGUGCAAUCCACAAAGUCGCGGCAGGUGGGCAUCGCCCGCGCCCCGGCCAGCAUUGCCUUUCACAUCAACCGCUCGCGCUUCGACGAGCGCACCGGCUACACAUUCAAGAAUCCAGCGGCGAUCCGCUUCCCACUGCGACUCGACCUGGGCCCCUGGUGUCUGGGGAGCGCAGCGUCCGCCGCCUCCCGUCUCAGUAUGCUUUCGUCUCCGACCGGCAUUGGAAAAGGCCAAGACGCGGAGUCUUCUGAGCCUGGCGACGAUGCAGAGCAGUGGCAGCUGCCUGCGCAGUUACCCAUGGUGGCCGGGUCACAGCACAAUCCAAGGCUCGAAGGCCCGCUCUACGAGCUCCGUGCGGUGAUUACACACUACGGCCAACACGAGAACGGCCAUUACGUCUGCUACCGGAAGCACCCUGCACGAAAGGAGGAUGCGGAACAGCAGCCUCGACAAGCCGCAGACGACACCGAUAAGGAGGACCAGGAGGAUGCAGCUAUGACCGAUAUGACGGACACGGAUAACGACGACAGCCGCAGCAGCCUAGCUGAUGACGAAGCAACACUGCGUGCGACAUCCGAAGAUCUUGUAGACGACGAUAAGACGAUUGUCGACGACGAUGCCCCUGACGGUGGCGACAACAACGCCAGCGCCGACACGUACAUGUCCGCCUUCGAUGAGGACGAAAGGAAAGACGACGGAGCGUGGUGGCGGCUGAGCGACCAGAACGUGUACCGCUCCGACGAGGCUACCGUGCUGUCGCAGGGCGGCGUGUUUAUGCUGUUUUACGACAGGAUCGACGCGCGAUCCGUCUUCCACCCAGCCGGCAAGAAGAAGCCGCUGUCGAGCCUUUACAGGAUGGCCAACGAUGUGAACAGUGAAGACACCUUCCAUACCUUCCCGGUCCAGGCUGUGGGCGGCCAAAGGAAACAGAGCAGCCCGCCUGCCGCCGACGAUCAAUCGACCAACAGCAGUGGCGAUCGAUCAUCGGACGAGGACAUGAGCGACGAGUCGACCUCGACAGUGGACUCAUCUCCAUCGUCAUCAUCGACAGAGGGGCCGCUUACGCCAGACGACGUGUCUGCUAAGAAACCAGUUGAUGGCGCGAGAGUAAGGCCGGUGAUGGCGGCCGAAGCGUGA